GCUCUCCCAUUUCCGCACCGCUUACGACCGCCAACGAUUCCCGCGUCUCCAAUCCGCGCGCACACCUCCUGAGGCCGACGACAUCUCGAAUCGAUCGCCGAGUCACCCUCCCAGCCGUAACGAUGCCUAUGUGUGGUGGUCAAAAGUCGGUGCAGCGCAAGCUGGUACUCCUCGGCGACGGCGCAUGCGGCAAGACAUCACUACUCAAUGUCUUCACAAGAGGAUAUUUUCCAACAGUAUAUGAACCCACAGUGUUCGAAAAUUAUGUUCAUGACAUCUACAUCGACAACACUCACGUCGAAUUAAGCUUAUGGGACACCGCCGGGCAAGAGGAAUUCGACAGGCUACGAUCUCUCAGCUACGAUGACACGCACGCCAUUAUGCUCUGCUUCUCCGUUGACUCCCCCGACUCGCUCGAAAACGUCGAGACUAAAUGGGUCGGCGAGAUUGCCGAGAACUGCCCCAACGUUAAGCUCGUCCUGGUCGCAUUGAAAUGCGAUCUGAGGAAGCGCGAAGAGGAUGAUGCCGAGGGCGCUGAGCCAGAGAAGCCAUGCAUCGACUACGAGGAGGGACUCCGAGUUGCAGAGAAGAUCAAGGCCCUGCGAUAUCUCGAAUGCUCGGCCAUGAAGAACCGCGGCGUCAACGAGGCCUUCACAGAAGCUGCCCGUGUUGCUCUGCAGGUCAAGACCAGCAAGGACAAGAGCGGCGGUUGUACGAUUCUAUGAUCCUGCACAGAACGCAUCCCCACCUCCCCACGACACCAUCAGCACCCCUAUACACCUGCGCCCACUUACUAUUUUCCUUCUCCCAAAAGCCGACACGACUCUCAUCUCGAUUUGUCUUCCAGCGUCGCUCCGUUCAUACCCUUCUUUAUAUCGUU